CACGCUAACAUAUGACUCAUCUAUCAAUUAUUUUAUGGCCUGUGCGAUAUUCCUUUAAGUACAACAAAAAAAGUGCUCGCGAUACGCAUGCUCAGUUACAGCAAAUCUCCAGGCAGCACGAGCUUCUGCUUUGGUAUCGUGUUCUACUUUCAGUAUGAGCUUGUUCGCCUGGAACAUGAGCUGCUGGGGAAGCCAUGAAAUCAAGCGAACACUCUACUUAUUGUUCUUGGGUCAGGUCGUCUCUUUUGUACUUGCACUCAUGAGCUUCACUUCGUCUCUGAUAGCCGAUCUUGGUGUAGAUACGCCACUUACUCAGACUUUGUUUGCUUACUUGGGUCUGGCUUUGAUUUAUGGGAGUAUCGUGCUGUAUAGGCGUCAGAAACUACGGGUUUCUUGGUAUUGGUAUCUCCUUUUAGGUUUUGUCGAUGUUCAAGGGAAUUACCUUGUCAACGAAGCAUUCCAGUUCUCAUCCAUUACAAGCGUAACGUUAUUGGACUGUUGGACAAUAGCAUGGGUACUGAUUCUGACUUGGUUCUUCCUAGGCACUAGAUACUCUCUAUGGCAGUUAUUUGGUGCAGCCAUCUGCGUGCUUGGCCUUGGCUUAGUGCUCAUUUCUGAUGCAGGGGUGGGUGGUGGAGGUGGUUCAAAACCUCUGCUAGGAGAUAUACUUGUCAUUGCAGGGACAAUAUUCUAUGCAAUGAGCAACGUUGGUGAGGAAUUCUGUGUUAAGCAAAAAGAUCGCGUUGAAGUUAUUGCCAUGCUUGGUAUUUAUGGAUUCCUAGUGAGUGUGGUUCAGGCAUCUAUAAUCGAGCUAAAAUCUCUGGAAUCGGUUGAGUGGUCUACAGAUAUUAUAUUAGCCUUUGCUGGCUAUGCUUUAUCAACCUUUAUGCUCUAUUCCCUCGUUCCUUUCGUUCUUAAGUUAAGUGGAGCCACAAUGUUCAAUCUCUCCAUCCUAACAUCUGAUAUGUGGGCAGUUGUCGUCCGCAUUUUUUUCUACCACCAGCAGGUGGAUUGGUUAUACUAUUUUGCUUUUGCAAUUGUAGUUAUUGGACUCAUCAUUUAUUCAAUAACUGAAAAGGAUUCGGUUCCUGUACCAGAUCUCGAGGGUGGAAACUCCAGUGCACAAUACGAAGCACUUGCCGAUGAAAGUGAAGCAUCUAGAAAUGAAUCUCUGGCUUCUUGAGUUGAGGGGGCAGGGCAGCUUGCAGUAUAAUUUUGAUUGUUGCAUUUUCGAAGUGCCAUUUUAACUUUAAGAGUGAUGACAUUAUCACUCGGGUGUUAAAAGAGUUACGGCAGACUGAUAUUGUUUAUGUAGACUUUAGAGAAGUUCAAAUUUUAUAGAUGGACUCGUUCUAAGGAUGCAGUAACUUUCCACCUGCAAUAAGUAGAGCAAUCUUGUUAUCCAAAACGUUUUCAUUAUUUUUCUUAA